AGAAAAAUUAGGAAGGGCACCGAAAAGAACACUUUCUUCUGUGCUUAUUGACAAAUAAAACUUUUAUCAUGUGAAAGUUGAAACUCUUCUUGCAUUAGUGUGCUCUCGUUUCUUCAUUUGAAGAUCUCCAACUCCUCCAAAACCCUUCUUCUCCUAUGCCGCCGUCGGCCUCAGAAACCCUACUUCUCAUCACCAUUUUCUUCUUGCUUCCUCUCGACACCCUCUCAUCCGUCAUCCACGCAGGCCAUGCCAUCCCUCUCACUGGUAUGUGUGAGGACGCAUGCGGUGCAAUCCCAGUAAAGUUCCCAUUUGGUACCGGAUUUGGUUGCGGCCACCCUGAAUUUGUCAGAUACAUCAAAUGCAGCUCAGGAACACUGCAAUUCUCCACCGGAACGGGCAUCUACACCAUUUCCUCCAUAGACUACAAUAGCAGCACCAUCAUUGUCACAGAUCCACUCAUGUCAACAUGUUCUUCCAUGCAAAAUUCAGGUAGUUUUAGCUUGGACAAGUCCAGUCCUUUCACUAUAGGAGAGCAAAACAUCUUCGUUUUGCUCGGCUGCUCAACGACAUCCCCGGUGUUUGAUCCAAACGAAGACUUGUGUGACACUGGAUCCGGCACCCGGGUGUGUAGAGGUUUGUACUCUUGCAAGGGGGUGGCCGGCAUUGGACUGCCACAGAAUGCGCCGAUUUCCACCUGUUGUGUUUAUGAUUCUGAAAUCGUGGUUGGCUCAGGUUAUGCAUUGGAUCUUCCAAAGCUCCAGUGCUCUUCUUAUACAUCAGUUUACGAGUUUGGAGACGAAGGCGAUCCGAUGAAAUGGAAAUUUGGGAUUUCUUUGCAAUAUAAUGAUUCUUACCACACAAAUAAAUGCAAGGAUUGUGAAACAAGUGGAGGGAUUUGUGGAUUUGCUGGUUUGGAUCAGUCAUUUGCUUGUAUUUGCAGGAGUGGUGUUAACACCACCACAAAUUGUUUUGGGCGAGGGUAUGCUUGGAGUGGGGCAGUGGAACUGGAUUUUCAAGUUAACACCAUUAUUGGAGGACUUUUGCUCUCGUGGGCGUUGCUACUUAUAUAUAAUCAGCAGAUGGAGCUUCAAGACCUGCUGUAGUUACUUUUGGAGAAGGCAGUAGGGAUAUGGAUGGCACCUGUAAUAUUUAUUUACAUAUGCAAUUUAUUUGUUCAUCGUCUAGAUAUUGAAUUGAUGUAAUCUCACGUCCUUCCUAGUUCCUACGAAGGAAUUUGACCAAAAAAUGCAAACUUAAAAUCCAUUACGCUUUCA